CUGUAAUUGUAAAGGAUUCUAUGUAAAGAAGCUGGUAAGAAGUAUCCAAAUAGAAGAGCUCAAUUAAAGUGUUUUGACCGAUAGAAUAGAUUCGAACACGCAUUCCAAAGAGGUGUCUGGUGUAAUAAUCUUUAUUCUGCACAAGUGCAGAGUAAUGCAGGUGAUCGAAUUCGCUAUAUUCGUCACACAUGGUAAACAGAAAACAAAUUGGCGUGCGUUGGAUCUUGAGGGUUGCUGUAAUAAGAUGUAAUAUUUCUGGCAAGAUCGACGAUUUGUAAAUUAAUAUGGAUGACGAUCCACGACUGUCACAUUAUGUGUACAUUUAUAUGGCCAGCAGGGAUAAGCCGUUGAAAUUUGCAUUUACUGUUGGUGAAACCAUCGAAUACCUGUGUAUAAAGAUAUGCAAUGCUUUUAAUAUAAGUCCUUUAGCAAGGCACCUGUUCGCAUUGCAAAGUUAUUCUACGAAACUAUGGUUCCCAUGUGGUCACAUAUUGGAAGAGGACUCGGAGAAGUACAGAUUCAACUUUCGCUUGAGAUUCAAGCCAUCCAGUAUGGACAGACUGAGAGAAAUAGAUUUAAAUGCAUAUAAUUAUUACUUUGAACAAGUCCGCAGGGACGUGUUGGAUAAUAAAGUACCUGACAUAGUUUAUGAGAAACAUAAACAUGAAUUGAUUGGUCUAGGAGUUAGCGAUAUGUACAGGGUAAUGCUCGAAGAAGAACUACCACGAGAAAUUGUAGAAUCGGAAUAUAAGAAAUAUAUACCUAAGGAAUGCAUAAAGAGGCACGCCUUUUUUAUUAGGAAACCUAUUCACAAUGCACUUACGAAGUUAUCUGGGUACGACGCUGCAUACGUCAAGGAGCAGUAUUUGAAGCAAUUUGAACGCAUGGCUCCGAAUUAUCCAUAUGAAGAAUAUACAACGUUAAUGGAUAAAGAUGUUCCUAAUCUAAGAGCUAAAGUCUUACUUAGAGUUACCAUAGAGCAAGUGAAAUACUGUGAGAUUGACAUGGGUACAUGGAAAACGAUUUGCAGGAUAGAGGACAUUUCCACUCUUUCCAUAGGAAAGAACAAUACUGUGUUGAUUGGGAGGAGGACGGGCAUACCAUUGUGCGUACAAUUUGACACAAAAACGAUUCUGUUGUCUUUUGUAUCCGCACUGGACGGAUAUUAUCGCUUAUCCGUCAAGUGGAAUUUUAAUCUUUGCAGUGGUGACAGUAGCAUUAUUACGCCUUCUUUAGAAAGAUUACAAAAGUUAAGGUGCCAUGGACCGGUUGGGAAAGACUUCUCGUACACGAAACUCAAGGAAAAAUGUGCCAACGAGCCAGGAAGUUACAUAUUGCGCGAGAGUGAAACCGAGUACGGCGUGUACUAUAUUGACGUUUACAACAAAGAUGGAACUAUAUCUUCGCAAAGAGUGAUGGAAACUAAACCUGACAAAUUUGCAAUGACAAACAGCGCUCGGGUGUACGAAUCUCUGAGGCAUUUAAUUUCUUCGUUCCAAAAUCCCAAUGAAUCAAUAUACUUAGGAAAAUGCUUAGGAUUUUCGGAAUACGACAAGUCAAAAUUAUUACUUUGCGCUUCGGAAAACGUCGUGAACGAAGUAGCGGCAGACGAAGAGAUAAUCACUACUUUAUUACAAGGUGGACCGCGAUGCGUACCAUGGAAUGAGUUGCAGGUAUACAAAGCGAUCGCAAAGAGCGACGAGGAUUUGACAACUCGUACAACAACAAUGACGAGUUUGCAUCGAGCUAUAUGGCGAGUUGCUAAGGGCAAGAAGCUCGAAGUUAUAAUGAAGAUACUCAAGACGGAGGAGAAUAAUUAUACCAAAGAAUUUUUGGAGUUGGUCGGCAAGUGGAGCCAAUUGCGAUCGGGAGCUCUAGUUAGAUUGUACGGCAUAACUGUGGCUCCGACGAUCGGAAUGCUCCUCGAACUGGUAAACUUGGGCCCAUUGGACAAGUACCUGUGCAGCAAUAGCAAAUCUGUGCUAACGGUCGAUAUGGUGGAAGCCACUGUCUGUCUGGCAACAGCCCUAUGGCAUCUGGAGGAGAAUGGUGUAAUUCAUGGAAAUAUAAGAUGCCGAAACGUUCUCGUACAUUUGCAUACGGAUAACAGCUUCAUUGUCAAGUUGGGAGAUCCUGGUCUGUUCACUUAUACCGAGGACGACAUAUAUUGGAUACCGCCAGAAUGUUACACGGAUUUAACAUCCGCAAAAUACAGUCUCCAAGCAGAUAUAUGGGCGCUGGCGACAACCAUUUGGGAGAUAUUUUCCAGAGGAGCUUCCCCACCCAAAUAUCAUAAAACUCAUACUGUUAAAAUGUUUUAUAAAUGUGGAAACCGAUUACCUCCUCCUAAGGAUUGUCCAAACGAAAUCUAUAAAUUAAUGUUGGAAUGCUGGGGCAAAAAUAAUUCUAUAUCAAGGAAACAGCCUCAGGCUAUCAUGCGAGAUAUUAAUCAGAUUCUAUAUGAAGUAUAUAAUGCUCGUAGAACUCAUACUUACGCUACUAUAUGCCCUAAGUUGUUCAAAGAAGCCGAUGGAAAUAACGAUGAAAAUGGCAGUAUUUUUACAGAAGAGAGCAAAUCAAAUAGUGAAUCACAAACAAGUUUGGUCACUGAUUACACCAGUAUUCCUUUCGACGAUAACGCUACAGAACAGCUGAUCAGCUAUCAGAAUCAAGACAGCAGCAGUGACGAACUAUCGUUUUAUCUACGUUGGCUAAACAACGAAUUGUACAAGAUGCCGGUGUCGGGUAACGGUAGCGAUUGUGGUCCGAGCCGCGAAGAUAGCUCGAGCAAAACCAACAAAAGCAAAACCAACGAAAAGACUUUCAACAGCAAAGAUAACUCCCAAUGGCAGCGCACCUAUGAGAUAAAUGAAAAUUUGGAUGUGAUCCUGCUAGGACGGAUAGGUGAAGGCUUUUACGGCGAAGUGUAUAAGGGUACGCUUAGGAGGCGUAACGGUAAAGAAGUUGACUCGGAACAGGAUGUAGCCGUCAAGAAGCUCAAGACGCAGGAGGACUCGGAAAAUGUGCUUGAUUUCGAGAGGGAAAUUAAAAUCAUGGAGAGACUCAAACAUCCAAAUAUCGUGAAGAUUUUGUGCUCAGUGGACCGAAUCUUGGUGAUGGAGUUUAUUCAAUUUGGCUCGUUGCUGAGUUAUCUAAGCUCGCAUCGAUUUAGUCUCGCAUACAAAACACUGUUAGGCUUCGCCCUAGACAUAGUCGCGGGCAUGGAGUAUCUCGGUAGUAUGAACAUCGUUCAUCGAGAUCUAGCAGCGAGAAAUAUUCUAGUAGCGAAUGAGGAUCGAGUGAAAAUCAGUGAUUUCGGCCUCGCGCAAGUAAUAGCGGCGAGUGAUUAUUAUGUUUUCAAAACCCUUCGUAAUAUACCAAUUAAAUGGUACGCACCAGAGAGCUUAAGGCAUAACAAAUUCUCAACACGUUCAGACGUGUGGUCGUUCGGCGUGACGAUGUACGAGGUUUUCAGUUACGGCGUCGACCCACAGUUGUCAAUCAGAGUGAGUGAGAAAGAAAUCUCAAUGACGACUAUAACCGACCUACUAAACGCACUAGAACGUGGCCACCGUCUUCCAUGCCCAGACAAUUGUCCACAAGAAAUUCAUAGAAAACUGAUGUUAUCAUGCUGGCAGCUGAACAGCCAUGAGAGACCAAUUUUCGCUACUCUACGCGAAGACAUCGAGCAACUACUCUGUAAUUAUUAGAAUACUUCGUGAUUCCACACAAAUCUGUCUGUUGUUGUUUUAAAAAUAUAUGACAUAUCACAAUCAUGAUUUCUCAUGAUCAAUGGAAGAUUCUUUGAAGAGUCUACAAUUAGCUUAUUUUUCGCAAGAAAAGCCAUUUUUAUUCCUUUAUAAGGUUUCUGUAGUAUAGAAAAUUAUACACAUAGGUCAAUUCUAUUUUUAUAUUUUUAGAUGGAUAAAUUUUAGAAAAAAAUACUGUUCUAUAAAAAUUUUAGAAAAAAAUAGGAAGUCAAAGAAUCUGUCAUUGGAGAAUUCACAAUCUUUCUGAUCUUCGUAUCUUGUAUAGAAAGGAUCUAUCUAGUCGAAGACAUUUUCGCCAUUUUAUCAUGUACAUGUGUGAAAUAUACUGCUUAAGUAUUAGUAUUA